AAUAAAAAAUUUGGGAAGAGAAGGUGGAGAGUUUAAAUUGAUUGAGGAAAUUGGUGAAGGAGGAUGGGUGUAAUUGUGCAGGUUGUUUAAGCUAUAGAGAAAUAGAAUUGAAUGCAGAAAAAGGGUGGUCUUUGGUCAGUGACUGUGAGCCAUAACAGUGUGUUUUUUGAACAUCAUGGAUCCAUCAAGAGACUCAAACUGAAAUACAAAGGGAGGGGUUAUUCUGGCUUUUGAACAAUUAAGGCUUUGAAUGGUUCCCAUAUAGAUGUGAAGGUUAAAACCCAUUCAUUCGUGUAUUGGGAUGGCACCGCUCGCCACUCUUUGCCUCUCCUCGGUUCAAUGCAACGCCUCUAUCAUUUCUGAUCCGAUUGGGUGGCAUUAGUGCUUUGACUGGAUGAGAUAGAUGGACACGCUUCCAACAACUCAAUAAUCUUUAAUUUGAAACACAGAAACUUGAUUGUCUUGACUCUAUCUCUGGGGCUCUGUAGCAAUAUACUACAUUUUUUCUGAAUUUUCUUCAGGUGAUAAUGUUAAUACAAACUUCUCUCCUUAGUUCAGUUGAAGCUGGUCUAUGUUAUGUAUCUGAUGAUGGGAAAGAUGUUCUAUGUGAUCGGAUGCCUAGUGGUGAAACUUGGCAGGUAUGUCUCGAAUGCAAUAGGUACCCUCUUGACUGGUGUAGAAAAGCUGAACCAGUGGAGUCAGAUAGAAGGAAAGCUGAUGAUCCUUACCGCUCAAGCUUGGGUCAGACAUCAACUGCUAGUAUAAUGACGGAAAAUACUACACCUAAACCUAAGAUGGUAUACAGGAGAAAGAAGCUUCGUCAGGACUCAAACUUCAAACUAGAGCCAACUAAUAUGCUGGCAAGUGCAAAUUACCCUUCAGUCGUAAGCGCUGCUGCACAUUUAUUAUCAGCUGAGAAACAACCUGCUGGUUUUCGAGUAAAUCAUGAAAUGGAAGUGGAUAAAAAUCCUACCUCACCUUCAGUCUUGUGUGAUGGAGUAACCAAAGAUAACAUUCAUAAAAACUUAGGUAUUAGCAAUGUAAAUGGUAGUUGCUCCUCUUCAAAGGCAGAUAUGGAAACUGAAAUGAAUGUAAAUGGUGAAUGGUCCACCUCUAGUGUAAUAGUCAUGGAUUCCACAAGGGAAGAAGUGACAGAAAAGGAUUUCUGCAUUAAUACUUUAAGAACCCAUGGACUUCUUGGAGAAUAUUCUCCUGAAGAUAAUGUGGCUUCUGGGGAAGAUACUGUCAUCACGGGUAAUAACUGCUGUUCCAGGUCAUGCAAAAUAUGUGAUCGUGUAGACAGUUCACUGAACAUGCUUUUAUGUGAUCAUUGUGAAGAUGCAUAUCAUCCAUCUUGCUACAAUUCACGUUUGAAAAAAUUGCCAAUUGAUGAGUGGUUUUGUCAUUCAUGUCUUAAGAAAAGGCAAAAAAAUCUCAAGGAACCAAGUAUCCACAAUGAAUUGGGCAAAUGUAGAGCUACCUCAGUCAAGGGUGAAUCAAAUCCCAUACUUUUGAUGUUGAGAGACACCAAGCCAUAUACAUCUAGUGUGCGGGUUGGUAAAGGAUUUCAAGUAGAAGUUCUUGAUUGGUCAGGUCCGAUAAAAAGUGAUGAAGAUACCCUUCCUGAACCAUUCGAAAUUAAUCCUUCAGACUUCAAUAGACUGCUGGAAGAGAAUACGCGAAGUCCUGCUAAACUUAGUGCCAUUGGUAAUUGGAUCCAAUGUCAGACAGUUAUAGACAGAGCUAAUGGAACUAUAUGUGGAAAAUGGCGCAGGGCACCUUUUUUUGAAGUUCAAACUAAUGCCUGGGAGUGCUUUUGUGCUAUCCAUUGGGAUCCAUCUCAUGCUGAUUGUGCUGUACCUCAGGAGCUUGAAACAGAUCAAGUAUUGAAGCAACUGAAGUAUGUGGAAGUGUUUACCUACUUACAUGCUCAUACAGCUACGGCCACGAAUUUCUGCUAAACGGAAGAAAUCAGAUAGCACACAAGAUAUGGAUUGAAGUCGCUUGGGUGAGAGAGCUGGACAUUUUGUUCUUGUACAUGCUACUAUUUCCCAUACAAACGCAAUUUUCGAUGUUCCAUGCUCAUGCCUUCCGCUGUUAUUUUUGUUUUUAAGGCAUGACAUGAUGAUAGUGGAUUUCCAAUAUAAUAUUUCCAUUUUUUUUUCUUUUCUUUUCUUUUUUGCUUACAUGUGUAUUGCGGGUAGCGGAGACAGUGCAAUGAACCGUCAUAACUUGGGUGUAAUUUCGCCCAUCUGAGGGGCUCCAUAUCUGAGUGAUGCUCAAUUUUACUUUUCUAUGCCAA